UUUCUUGAAGCCUUGCGGAUGGGAUGCAUACCUGUAGUGCUGUCCGAUGACUGGGUACUACCGUUUGAUGAAGUAAUUGAUUGGUCGGCUGCAGCGGUUGUCGUGCCUGAAGACAGUGUUCUGCUGGUGCCUGACCUUCUUUACACAUUCACAGCUGAAAAGAUUUACCAGAUGAAGCAGCGGGGAUUCUUCAUCUAUCAGAGAUAUUUCAGCAGCGUUGAAAAGAUUGCUAUAACCGCACUGGAAAUUGUGUGGGAACGUAUGCGAAUAGCAGAGGCUAAAGAACGCACGCAGUGGAAUCAUCUUCAUCCAAUUGAUGCGACGAAAUCUGCACAUGGCGUGAACGUAGUCGUAAGAGCCUCAGAAAAGCCAUCGUCUAGGCUUCAGAAAGUUGUUCUGAAUGUGGCAAAGAUUGAGUCUCUUCGCAAGAUUGUUAUUCUGUGGCCGAACUCACGUGGCGUUCCUCCUGUUGGAGCAGAUUUCGGUACAAAGUCGGCUUUAGAAUUUGUACUGAUCAACAAUAGGUCUAUCGACUUUGCUUCUCUGCAACGAGUAUGCGACAACGGUUUUGUGCUUUUUGUUGAUGAACGACUAAAUCCGCCAUUUUCCGAAAUGAGCGCUCUCAUAGAUUAUGUAGAACGGAAUCCAAAUAGACUCAUUGGAGUGCAUGGAAUAGAAUUUGACGUGAGUUCUUUCUUUUCUGUUAUGUUUCUGAACUUUUACCUCUUGGGAAGUAUACCUUUUGUGGUCAUUUUCCAGUCCUGCAUCUAUAGCAUCUAG